AUGGCUAUUCCCUCGCCCAAGAAUGACUCUAUUGAAACCAUGGUCCCCCGAGACAUCGGAAACCUCCAACGCCUGCAUGCCAAACAAAAGAUUCAAACAACUUCUUCUGAGCAGCGUGCUCUUAUCAGAACUCAUAGACUUUCUGCCACAGUCACAGCUUCGAAUCAUGGGCCCGGUAACAUAGACCCAAGGAUCCUGGUGACUCGCCAAGGCAAAAUGAACCUCUGUGAAAUUGCGGCGACCGCCCUAGCCGUAUUGCAGGAACGCGAGCAGGGUCCAUCGCACUCAAGGAUGGAGCUGUGCCGGAUUGCUGCUCUUGGUUUAGCUGCUAUGGAGGAGCGCGAGAGGACACCGAUAGAUUCGAGGGAGCUACGCCGGAUAGCCACUCUUGGCUUAGAGGCCAUGGAAGAACGGGAGAGGACGCCGAUAGAUUCGAGGAAGUUGCGCAGGAUCGCUACUCUUGGUCUAGCUGCUAUGGAAGAGCGCGAGAGGACACCGAUAUAUUCAGGGGAGCUGCGCAGGAUCGCUACCCUUGGUCUAGCUGCCAUGGAAGCGCGCAACAGGGCACCAAUAAAUUCGAGAGAGCUUUGUCGAAUUGCUUCACUCUCCCUCGCGGCUUUGGGUGAAUACGAAGAACCCUAG